GACAUUUAUUGGGAAUUUUUAUGAGAAUUUAAGGAAAAUGAAAACAGGGCAAGAAUAUAAUUGAAUUAUUCACCAACUUUGUCGUCGCUAUUUCUAAGCUAACAGUUAUUGUCCUUUUUUCUCAAUACUUUUUCAGCGGACUUCCCAACUCUCUGUAUCUCUAUCUUCCCCACUGAGAAAAGCAGGGUCAGAAAACAGAGUGCUGCUUCUUUUGAGCUUUUCUGGAUUUCGGUUUUCUGAUAUAGUAUAAAGUUUGCAUUUUUGGGUAGGGUCACUAGGUAAAAAAUGCAAGCAACAUCAUACGCUUCGGUCAAAGGGGGCUUUGGGAUUCAAAACCAGAGAAAGGGUUUGCUGGGUUUUGGAGAAUUGAGGAAUAGAACAAGUUCUGGGUUAAGAAGUACUCUCUGCAUGGCAGAUAGAAGAAGUUGCUUUGGUGGACUAAGUCUAAGUUCGGUGGCUAUGGGGGCUGAGCUUACUCGUGCUAGGAUUGGCGUUGAUGGCAUUUUUGGGUCUUCUGCGAGACCCAGAUCAGUCAAGGCUCAGGCUUCUGAUCAAGAUCUUGAGGAUUUAGUUCCCUCCAGGCCUGAAGGAAAAUCUUCUGGAACAGUUUUGCCAUAUGUUGGUGUUGCUUGUCUUGGAGCAAUUUUGUUUGGUUACCAUCUUGGGGUUGUCAAUGGCUCUCUUGAGUACCUCUCCAAGGAUCUUGGGAUUGCUGAAAACACUGUAUUACAAGGCUGGGUGGUUAGUACACUCCUUGCUGGUGCUACAGUUGGAUCAUUUACUGGUGGAGCAUUGGCAGACAAGUUUGGCAGGACUAGGACUUUUCAAUUAGAUGCAAUACCACUGACAAUUGGAGCAUUUUUAUGUGCCACAGCCCAAAGCGUGCAGACUAUGAUAGUUGGCCGUUUACUUGCUGGCAUUGGCAUCGGCAUCUCAUCUGCCAUUGUGCCACUUUAUAUAUCUGAGAUAUCACCAACUGAAAUUCGUGGAGCACUUGGAUCUGUGAACCAGCUUUUUAUAUGUAUAGGGAUUCUUGGUGCAUUGGUGGCUGGAUUACCUUUAGCAGCAAACCCAUCAUGGUGGAGGACAAUGUUUGGUAUUGCAAUCAUACCCUCUGUUUUAUUGGCAUUGGGAAUGGCUAUUUCACCAGAAAGUCCACGUUGGCUUUUUCAGCAAGGCAAAGUAUCUGAAUCUGAAAAGUCUAUAAAAACGCUGUAUGGAAAAGAGAGAGUUGCUGAGGUCAUCAAUGACUUAUCAACAGCCAGUCAAGGUUCUGUUGAACCCGAAGCUAAUUGGUUUGAUCUGUUCAGUAGCCGCUAUUGGAAAGUUGUUAGUGUUGGUGCAGCACUCUUCUUGUUCCAACAGUUGGCUGGGAUUAAUGCUGUUGUGUAUUAUUCUACAUCUGUCUUCCGCAGUGCCGGGAUUACCUCUGAUGUUGCUGCAAGUGCUCUUGUUGGGGCAGCAAAUGUCUUUGGCACAGCUGUUGCAUCCUCCUUGAUGGAUCGACAAGGGAGAAAAAGUCUUCUAAUUACGAGCUUUAGUGGAAUGGCUGCUUCAAUGUUGCUGCUUUCUUUGUCCUUUACUUGGAAGGUCUUGGCACCAUAUUCUGGCACCCUUGCUGUUCUUGGGACUGUUCUCUAUGUAUUGUCAUUUUCACUUGGCGCGGGGCCCGUUCCUGCUCUUCUUCUUCCAGAGAUAUUUGCUUCAAGAAUCAGGGCAAAAGCAGUUGCUUUGUCAUUAGGCACGCAUUGGAUUUCAAACUUCGUCAUCGGCCUUUAUUUCUUGAGUGUUGUAAACAAGUUCGGUAUCAGCUCGGUGUAUUUAGGAUUUGCCGCUGUCUGUACUCUGGCUGUCUUAUACAUAGCCAGUAAAGUUGUGGAAACGAAAGGGCGGUCAUUGGAAGAAAUAGAGCUAGCGCUUAACCCCGCAACUUGACUUGUAGAUAAAGUGCCUGCAGAAUAAUCUCAUCACAGCAUUAGACUUCGACCUUAGAGUAGGUGCUACCUCUCUCUUUUUGAGGAUAUCAAGCCCUUAUUUUGCUGGGAUGAAAUACGGGGUUAACUAGUUCACUGUCGUCAAAUUUUGCCGUUUUCUGUUCAAAUGUUGAACCUUGACUGUAAUCAGUUUUAGUGAAAGUAUCUGUCUGAAUGUUCAGGUGUUAAUAUUAUUAUGGUCAUCAGCAAUACCGUAUUUGUGUUA